AUUUGGAGUGCUAAAUGUCAACACUUCACAUUCCACAAAGAAGUUGCCAUGACUCAUGGUGACAAUCCUAAAGUAUUUGAACCCCCCGAACCCUUUCUUCGUUCAUUGUUGCCAGCCUGUCAAAUCGGCGAUCUUACCGAUAUCAAAUAUCCAUUCCUCUGGCCUCUCACAACCUACGGAAUACAGUGCCGAGUGCUUACCCCUGCUUCCUGAUCACCCAAAGGUCAAAGGCCCAAGAUUUCCCGGGUCUGAUACUACCACGCAACAGGGUUGAGAGUACCGCAAGAUGACCUCGCUGGUUCCAAGAGAACCGUACACCGCGGAUGAGCUGCGAAGCUUAUACCCAGAAGGGCUUGAGCUUCAAUUAGUCCAAGUGCUGUUGCGACAUGGAGAGAGAACUCCAGUAUCAGCUCGGUUCCAGAAUACCGGACUGCACGGACAUUGGCCGUACUGCAAUGCGGCUCGAACACUGACAAGCGCUGUCCUGUCAACAAGCGACUUCUCAAAAUGGGGCUCGCUAAAGUACCAGAGAAGCCUUGAGACAUUUGGCCCUGAUGACGGACCAGUGCUUACUGCUGGGCCGAAGCAAGAAUCCGACGCCAUCUGCCUGCCAGGAGAACUCACGGACUUGGGUCGAAAGACCACCUUAGAACUUGGACACCGCUUACGACGUCUAUAUGUUGAUCAACUCGGGUUCAUGCCCAAAGUCAUUUCGAACACUGACAUGAUCUAUCUUCGAUCGACACCGAUACCACGUGCCCUCGAGUCAAUGCAGCAAGCAUUUUCGGGCAUGUACCCUUCCAGUGCGCUAACCGCUGAUUGUCCACCACCCACGAUAUACCAAAGGACACCAGCCAAUGAAACCUUGUAUCCCAACGAUAGUGGUUGCCGUCGCUUUGCGCAUCUGAAUCGUGCAUUUGCGGAGAGGACCGCCGCUCGUUGGAAUGGUUCUCCGGAGAUGCGGUAUGUUAAUAAAAAAAUAGGGAAGUGGAUGCCCGACGGCCUAGUUGCCGUUGACUCGCGUCCGAGGUUGUCGGGAAUCAUGGACAGUGUGAACGCAACGUUCGCACAUGGAGCACCGACCAAGCUGCCCGCAGAAUUCUACGACCCGAAAUUGCGGGAGAUCCUUGACAAGGUGGCAGUUGAAGAAUGGUUCGCGGGGUACACUGAGUCUCGAGAAUAUCGAAUGCUGGGGAUCGGAGCUCUUGCCGGUGACAUUGUGUCUCGAAUGGUCGGAAAUGCCGAGCAAGCCGCCGUCGAUGCAUCAGCCCAGGGUGGCGGGGAUGAUGACGACGUCAGAGCCGGAAAAGAACGUGAAACCGGCAUCAAGUUUGCUUUGUCCGGAUGCCACGACACCACGCUUGCCGCCUUGCUCACGGGACUGGGAGCGUUCAAGGGCGAGAAAUGGCCUCCGUUCACCAGCCAUAUCGCUGUGGAGCUGUUCAAGAAGACGGAAUCAAAGGUGGAAUCUGAGGCGGAAGGGUCUGAGGACGCGGCAACGUUGGCCAAGAAACCAAAGGGGUUUUGGAACAAGAAAUCCGCAGGGAAGCUGGAAGGAAUCGCGCGAAGGCCGAUGCAGGAACUGACGGAGGACGAGAAGCAAAGACUCGAGGGAUAUUUCGUGCGUCUGCGGUACAAUGACAAAGUCAUGCAAGUCCCUGGGUGCAAACUUCCGGGCAACCAUCUUGAAGGAGACGAGAGCUUUUGCACUCUGACGGCCUUCAAAACCCUGGUGGACAAGUUCACGCCUCCCAACUGGAAAAAGGCCUGCGGAUCCAACCUGGAUUCUCCGAAAUUCCCCCCCGAGAUCGAGCCUGCGGGAGAGCUCUAAGAUGCGAAUCGAAGAUAGCGAAUGUCGUGUUGCGUGUUGCGUGUUGCGUGUUGCAUGUUGCGGUUGAAAAAUGGAAUUCGUGGUGGCGUCAAGACUUGGUUGUCGAGGACAACGGACUCAAAUGUCGAUAUGAGGAUUGAAGGAGGGAUCAAAAACGGUGCAUUGACAAGGAAGUCAAUAGAAUAGUAGUCGGGAAUACCUACCUGUGUAUCUUAACUGGGGAUCAGUGACAAAGGUGUCAUGAAUCCAUGCACAAAAUACUGAAAUGCUGCAGAGCAUCAAGUUCUGAU